GCCGAAAUUUUCCGUGUCAAUCGUCAACGCCGUUAAUGAAAGUCGGCGCAGUAUUCUGAAAACUGCUGGUCAUUCAAAAAUUAAGUUUUUUGUGCAAAGCUGUGCAAAAAAAAUAAAUUAAAAAUUUCUACAAAACAACACUAAUUGCCUUCAAAAAGUCAUAUUUUAAAAAAUAGCAAAAUGUUUGGUCGUCAAAGUGGUCUUAGCAGUAGCGGUGGUAGUGGUUCCAAUUUGGUGGAAUUUCGUGCCGGAAGAAUGAAUUUGAUAGGCAAGAUGGUGCAUCCCGAUACACGCAAAGGUUUAGUAUAUUUAACGCAAAGUGAUGAUGGCUUAAUGCAUUUCUGUUGGAAGGAUCGUACCACUGGCAAAGUUGAAGAUGAUUUGAUUGUAUUUCCCGAUGACUUUGAGUUCAAACGUGUAGAACAGUGCAAGACUGGUCGUGUUUAUGUUUUGAAAUUCAAGACCUCCAGUCGUCGUAUGUUUUUCUGGAUGCAGGAAACCAAAACUGACAAAGAUGAAGAAUUGUGCCGUCGUGUUAAUGAAAUUAUGAAUAAUCCUCCUUCAGCCACUCGUGGCGGCCAGGAUGGUGGUGAUUUGCAUUACAUGUUAAAUAACAUGUCGCAGCAACAAUUAAUGCAGUUGUUUGGAGGCGUAGGACAAAUGGGUGGUCUUAGCUCUUUGUUGGGUUCUAUGAACCGCUCUUCGGACAAUUCUCGUACACCCAAUCGCACUAGCACUAGCUCUGCUGGUGGCCUUUUAACCCCUGAAAAUACAUCCUCCGCCCCUCGUACCCCUUCGGCUCCAAAGGCUAAAGGCAGCAAGAGUGGUGGAUCUUCAAGUGCCGAUAAUAAUGGUGGCAACAGCGCUGGUUCCGGUAAUUCAACAGCUGGUGGUAAGAAAUCAUCAUCAUCUAAUAUUUUCACACCCACCAAUGCAUUCCAAUCCUACUUAUCCAACCUCUCACCCGAAGCUGGCUCCGGUCGUUCACUCAACAUUGAUCUAUCAUCCGCUUUGGCUGGUUCCGAAAUUGUCAACGAUCUUAUAUCCGAUCCCGAACGUGUCAACACUCUAUCUGUUCACCUGCCCGAGACUGAAGAUGCCGAUGAGGAUAAAAAGCAACAGAUUAAAGACACCAUAGCAUCACCUCAAUUCCAACAGGCCCUCUCCCUAUUCUCGAAUGCCUUGCAGUCGGCUCAAUUGGGUCCCGUAGUCUCACAAUUCGAACUUACCCCUGAAGCUGUGGCCGCCGCUUAUUCCGGUAAUUUGGAGGAGUUUGUUAAGGCUUUAGAAAAAGCUCUACCAGCUGGUGCUACUAUGUCUUCGCCCACCAGCUCUAAAACUAAGGAUUCCUCAGCCGAAGUCAAGAAGGAGGAAGAAGAUAAGUCAGCUGAAAAGAAAGAAUAGCUGUCGUGAUUAAUUGAUUCAUAUGUUUCAAGUAUAGACGCCAAAGUCGUCAAUUAUUCUUAUCACAUUGUAUUGUUUUCUUUACUGUAAUGUUUUUAUUAUGAAGCUAUUCUAAAUCUCAUUCUCUGUGGUCUGAGAUGUUAUAUAUAGUAACAAACACUCAUCAUUCAUUCAUUCAUACAUAUACAAUAUAUAUAUUCAUGAAUUAGACUUUGCAAAAAAAGCUUUCUUUUCACUUUGCCUAAUAAAAAAUAUUACAAAAAAACAAA